CAAGAUGGCGUUGUACAAGCUUUCAAAAUCCCAAUCGGCCACCAUUGUUGGAUGUGAUCCUUGUGCAUAGUUUGAUAUAAUUUGCUUUAUUCUAAUAGCUAUCAGUGAUAUUUAUAAAAUUCCGUAAAAGGAUAAAGUGUUCAUCAAUCAACGAACAUUAAUUCAACUUUAAAGUAUCGGUGCAGUGCAUAUUUUCAAACCUUAAAUGCGUUCAAAAUGUCACGCGAAGUGAGCUUCAGAUUUGUGAACACCAUACCGUACUUGAAAUAAAUGUGGUUUACUUUUGAAUAAACCUAUCAAUAAGUGAAUAUAUGUGCGGUGUUUAUUUCACGAUGUCCACUAAAUGCAAUGGAUGCUUAAAUUUAUAACAUAAGCUAAUGAAAACGUUUUAGAACUUUCUGUACACGUCGUAAGGGAGCGCAGUUACGCGGGCGAAGGCUUCAAAGUUGCCGGCAACAUUAUGGUGGACUAAAGGAGUGUUUGUUACGAAAUAGGAAUUAAAUACAUUUUGUAAACAGUGCCGCGAGGACUCCGCACACGAUGUCUGGCGGGUCGCAGCACAAUCCCAAUGGUAGACAGUCGCAAAUCGGAUCGGGUUGGAGCCCCUUGCAGGUGUUACAGGUGGCGAACCUCCUUGCGCGCGCGCCGCAAGCCCACAUGGCGUCGGAGCGCGGCGUGACGUGGCACACGCCGACGCCGCCGCCCCACCUCUACCACGUGCCGGCGCCCUCGCCCCCGGACCCGCUGCAAGGUCUCUUGUUGCAGGCGAUGAAGAGCGGCGCGAACUCGGUGUUCCGUCACACGGCGACGCCGCCCGAGCUCUACCGACACACGCCCACGCCGCCCGACAAACACAUGCUCAGGCAUACUCCUUCACCGGGCGAUGUUAAAGCAGGGGCAGCUUUACCUCCGAACGAUCUUUAUCCUCAUUUGGCGCCAGGAAGAGAGAAACUAAUGCGAGCAGACGAACUCUUAGCAUACGCGCGUGGUGGCGUGGAUCUCACUGUGGGUGGACCUCGUGGUGCCAAUGGUUCCCCCGCGCCCAUUCACCCCUCCACGGGAGCUCCUGCCCUGUCAGUACGGGAUGCACCCACGAUCAACAGUCUCAUCGCUCGUGCGGCGCCGCAUGCGCGCCCCGCGCACGCGAGGGUGGAUGCGUUGCUGGAGAGACUGUCCGCAGCGCCUGCACCCGCGUCUCCACACUCGGUCAUUGUGCACUCUCGUGCCGCACCCACGCCGUCGCCGCCGUCCUCCAAUGAGGACUCGGCAGACUCUUGUGGAGCACCACCGGGAUCGAAACGAAAAAGGAAACCUGAGCGCACGUUACGUGUGCCCGUACCGCCGCCCCCGCCUCUUGAUAUACCUAGACACUCAUCUCCGCCUCGAGUUUCACCUUUAACUACACAACCACCUCUUGAAAAUGGCGACAUAGUACAUUCAACUCAAAACGGACCAGAAAAACCACCUUCACCACAACCACCCGAACCUCAUGCGAGAAGAAAAACCCGCUCCGGUUCAGCGGAAACUAUAGAUGACAUCGCUGCGAUGAUCGCCAGUACAGACGCAGAACGUAGAGACACAGCUAUAGAACCGACCCCACCACCCGAAACAGAAGUGCCAGUUACAGUAGACAAAUUAAAGAGCGUCUUAGCGAGUCCUGAACCCGAAGCAAAGUCACCUAUACCCGAAAAACCUCCAACCCCGAAGUCACCAGAACCUGAAAUAAAACCUCCACCUCAAAAAUCGCCUCUCCCUAAAAAAGACGAACCAGAACCACCUCCAGCGACGGCUGCAGCGCCCAGAAGGCGAAGUGCAAGAACUUCGAACUCGGAAUUAACUAAUGUACCUGUGGGAUCGCCGUCUGAAGCGAAGCCCGCCGAGCCGGAGGCUAGCGAAGCGGGAAGUGCCGAACCAACCGCAGCAAGCUUCGUCGAAGUCGAAAAUCAACUAGAAAAAAUGUUUGCUGGAAUAGAAGAGGAAGCACCUACAGGAACGGAACCGGCAGAGAAAGGCUUGAAUGAGAAGAAACAAACGGCCAAAGCCCGAAAGAGGAGAAAAUCGGCUCCGACGAAAGGAGAGAGAAAGGCGUCGAAGCGAGCGAGUCGCGCGUCAACAGGCGAUGAGGCUCCAAGACGAAAGACAGCUAGGAAAAAAGGCGUUGAGAAGAAAAAGAAAGAAGCCCCUGUCAAAGAUGCAUAUGAUUCGGGAAGUAAUGCGAGCUCCAGUCGGUCGAGAGGACCAUACAUACAGAUUGUCGGACCUCGUGAUUCUCCCGUAUCAGUCUCAGUGGUCAACGCAUCUGCCAGUGCAACGGAAGAGGAGCGACGGACCGCCGGCGACGAGUGGCGCAAUGGACUUCGUGCGAGAGGCUUACACGCCAGCACGCUGGGCCUGCGGUAUGACGCUUCAACUCCUGAUGCGUCGUGGUUAUGCGCCUUUUGUGAAAGAGGCCCGCAUUCGUCUGGCCUGGGAGAUCUAUUCGGACCCUACGCUAUUGAUAUUAAUUGUGAAGAAUUUAGAUCGUUGGACGAGGCAUCAAAACGACGGUUCGCGUCAUCAUCAGGUGGCGCAGAAGUUUGGUUCCAUGAAUCGUGUGGUGUAUGGGCACCAGGGCUCUUAGCUGCGGGGUCUCGCCUGUGGGGCCUGGCCGCGGCGGUGUGCGGAGCGCGGUCCGCCCGCUGCGGGAGCUGCGGCCGAGCCGGCGCGGCCUUGUCGUGCGCCACCCGCGCGUGCCGAGCCACCACACAUGUGCCCUGUGCCACCGCCUGGACCCUGCACGAUGACUUCCGCGCGCAUUGCCCAAGACAUGCCUAGCGACUACAUACGUCCGCGUCGAAUGUCACGCAGCCAGUGAAAGUGUUACCCUAGUGAUCUGUGAACGAAACGACGCUUGGACCAACGAGGCAGACAGACAGAUGAAAUUUUGUUACCUGAUUGUGUUUAGUGAAGGUGACCUGUGACGUUUGUGAUUUUCCGCUUCGCGAGUGGUGAGUGGAAGAAUAUUGUUACCUGAUCAUGUUUAAGUGGUUGUAAUGCAUUAAGUUGACUUAAUAAAUAAAAAAUAUGAAGUUUUCCUAGAUGACUUCCUUAUUAAAUUGUGUUGUGGGUAUUUUAUUUGUUGCUAAUAUUUUUUAAAACACAAUCGGUUGACUAAAUUACAUUGUAAGCGCGAAAAAUACUCAUUGUCGCGUAAAUUCAAGCACAGCUAUGAAUUACAUUCAAAUCAGUGUACUUAUGUUGUGGUUACUUGCCAGAGAACUCUAUCUAAAUAUACUCAUUAUGUAUCUGAUGACGGAAUCUCUUGAUGCCCACAAGAAUCACAAGCAUUGUUAAAACUUAUUGGUACCAUAAAAGUUGUAUUUCUUGCAAACACUGCUAUUAUUAUGAAAUUGACCAUGAGAGUAAGAUUUAAUGUAUUUACAAUAAUUUAUACCUUAAAACAAUGUUAUUAUGUAGUGUGAUGUCGGUUUAACGAUGUCAUGCUUUUAAGGUGUUCUGAUGCCAAAACGCCAUACUCAAAUGGUAAUAUACCCCAUUCAUAUUCUAUAUCGAAACUGAUCAAAGGAACUGUUUAUUUGUUAGAUUCUAAAACAUGUAAGUUUUUUUACAAUUAUAAUAUUAAGUCAUAUUAAAAAAAGUUUGAGGCAACUAUAUGCAAUAACUUGUUCGGUAAUUUAACUUUUUAUUUAAUAAAAUAUUUUUAAUGUUUGUAACAAUGAUUUUAAAUUUUCUAUUACAUGGGGUAUAAUGGCUUACAAAAAAAAAUUAAAGAACAAAUCUUCCAAGCUCUGUUUAUCUCCAAUAAAUAUUUUGCCUGUACUAGAUGUCUUAUUAGAUGUAAUAUAGAGAAAAUGUAGAUAAAUUCUUGUUAACAUUUUAGAACUAAUUUAUUAAUACCAACAUUUGAUAUAAAUGAAUCUUAACAACAUAUAUGUACAGAAUAUUUUACAUAUAUCGUAAUUAUGAUAAAUAGUUGUACACAUUAUCUUAACUGGAUUUGCUAUCAUGUAAAUAUAGACGUAAAAUAUAAAUCCAUUUUAUUGCAUCAGAACACCAUUUGUUUAAUUGUAAAUUAAACUUAAGGCGAUAUAAUCAAUAGAAAAACAGUAUUUCAUACAGUACAGACAUAUUAUAUUUUCCAAAAUAAAUGCAUGGGUGUCUGCAUCAUUAUCAUGCAAUUAAACCAAAUGUCGCGGGCGAUAAAUAAUAAUUGGGCAAUGUUUUCUUAGUAUUGUUAGUUUUACCCAAUAAUAAUAAUAUAACUCGCGCAAAAAUGCUGAACAAUUUCAUUUUUGGUAAUCUAUAAACAGUUAUUAAGUAUGACAUUUAAGUCUACAAUAAAUGUAUUAUAAAGUAUAUUUUGUUUUGUUUUUAAGGCAUGAUAGAAAUUACCUAUAUUUAAAUGCUGAAAUUUGAUGUCUAGCAUUUGUUAUAAAGAAGAUUCCAUAAUAAAAUUCAUAUUUGCAUUGUGUUCUUUAGAAUAUUAUAAAAUUCAGUAAGUCUAAAUAAUGUAUGUUUAAUUGUUUAUUAGAUAUUUAUUGAAAAAUCUAAUGAACAUGAUGGCAAUUUUUUAAAUAUUUUACACUUGGUUAAUGACAAUCAAAAAAGCAAAAAAAAUUGUUUUGAAUAUAACUAAAAUGAUAGUGGAAAUUAAACGGAUUAUAUAAAUGCUCUUUUGAACAACUUUAAUAUUUUAAGUAAAUCAAAAUAAAAUUAGAAACAAUUUUUUUUUUAUUUUUUAAUACAUUUGAUGUAAACUUCCAUUCGUUUUAUAUGUAUGAGUACAGUGAUAUUAAGAAUAAAAAAUUAUUUCAAUGCAUUGAGUAUACUUUAUGUAUCUUCAACUGUUUAGUUGCCAUUUUAAAUUCAACUAGUCUUAUGUCAUGUGAUUGAAGAAAAAAAUUGUCUUUGGUUUUAAAAAUAUAAAUGCCCUUGUAGAAUGUCUUGUUAUGUCGAGUAGCCUAAACAUUGUUAUUCAAAAAUGUAAAAUGCCUUUUUCCCUCUAUUUUCUAUUCAAGCUCUAUUUUAUCUAAUUUAAUUACAGCAUUCAUAACGAUCAAUUAUUUGUAAAUUAAUCUGACCACCUUGAUUUAAAAUUAACUAUUUCAAUAAAAUCAGUCAGUAAAACACCACCAUUUAUCUUAAUUCUAUAUUUAAAGAAAUGUAAAAUUAAAGCAUGACAAAAACAUAAAAUUAUUAAACUUAAUUCCAAUGAAUAGAAAAUAGACUGUAUUUAGAUAAUAUUAAGGUACAAAUUUAUAGUAGAAGAAACAGGCCAGUUUAGAGUUUUUAAAAAAUUAUUCUGACAUUUAAUAAAGCGUAACAGAUAACAUCCCAAAGCCUUCAUAUUGUAAAUUGUGUAAGACUAUCACAUAUGGCAGAUAAAUAAUGACUUUAUUAAGUAUGUAAUUGUUAUAAAAUAUAUUUAUCAUGACAUUAUAAGCAAAUUGAAAUACAACAUGUUUAAAAUGAAGAUAAUAACUUUCAUUUCAAUAAAAUUUUGCUUUUGCAUCCUA